UUUCACGCGACAAGAAAAUUAAAACGCUAGUUAAAAAAUAAUGAACUGACAAAUUUCGAAAGUAGCAUGUGCUGUGUUUUUAAUAUCGUCAAUAAAAACUACCACUUUUGCAUAAUAAAAAAAAAGUGCGGUCAAGUGCUAAAACCCCGGGCCGUUCUUUUGUGCGCAUGACUUCACUCUCACAGCCGAUUCUCGAUUGUCCCCCGGAAACGGAGUGUUUGAUUUUUGUGUUUGCUGAACAAACAAGAAGAGAAUGCCAUGCGGAAAGCCAAAGACGAACGUGUUAGAAUCACGGCGGCUUUCUUCCGCGUCAGCUUCGACGAAGACGACGAAGAAGCGAAAAAGGAUAAAGCCUCGUUAACCUCGAAAGAAUCGAGAAAACUCUCACGGACAAUUUCGUUACCCGAGAGCGACUCGGGAAAAGUUCAAAAAAAAUCCGACAACACAAAAGCGAAAACCCUCUCGGACUCGGUCGUGCCUGACUUUGAACUUGCGAGAAUUUUCGAUCGUUCGCGUUGGUCUUACGAAGAGAAACCACCACCCGGUCCGUUGAACGACGCGGGUGAACAAAACAAAACCGUGGAUCGUCAUCGCGCGAUGGAAGGACAGAGCAAGCACGGUGACGAUGCGAGUUCGAAAAUCGAAACGCGAAGAAGGUCGACGGUGCCGAUGAUAAAUUCGGACGGAAGUGUCUCCGCGUUCAAGUGCGACGACUUCGUCACGAUGGAACGACCGACGAGGUUUCGAUCUUCAUCAAGCUACGACCACCUGCCGCGCAGUCAUACGAAGUCAAUUUCCACGAACAAAUCGAGACAACCUCAAUUAAUAGUCAACUUGCUGGAGGUUUCUUCAGAGACUUCGGAGAUUGAUGAGCAGUUUCGUUCUUUGAAGUUACCGAAGCAAUCGACUGGUGAAAACAAACAUUCUCCUUCGAGCGUUGGCAAAGUUUCUGACACAGCGUUACGUUCAGUGACCACCGCAAUUCAAGAUAAUCUCAACGACGAAAAAUCCGACAAAAGCGGCGGCAGUGGUCGCAGGUCAACAUUGCCGAUGACGAACGCCGAUCUGAACCAGUCCGGGUUGCAGGAGAACGCGACAAUCAGCCAGAAAUCGCCGACGUUCGAGGACAUCGUGGCCGGCACCAGCGUGAAUCCCAUCCGGAAGUUCAGCAUCGCGAACGCGGCGAUCUGCUCGAGUCUGGCGCCGAGUUUGCUCGGCGCUAUUCCCGGUGUGCCGAAUUCCCUGUUACCGAACGGGGACCACAAUUUGCAACGGAGUGCCACCUUGUCGAACUUGUCGACCAGCUCGACCGUCGCGAUCGACGACGUCUCCUCUGUCGGUAGAACGCGCCGCAGGUUGAAAUCGUUUCUGCGUCUUCAAAUACCCGAGCUGAAUUCCAACGCGAACUGGCACGACGCCGAGAACUACCAUGAUCACUUGCAUCAUCAGCACCACGAUCAUCAUCAUCACCAUCACCAUCACAUGUUCCCGCAUAUUCCCGUGCCCACCAUCACCUUUACGGCGCCGGCCGACGGCACCGGUCGCAAGUUCAACUUCGCCAUCCGAAGAUACUCCCAGGCGACUUUGAAUCGGACUGACUCGAUGGUAUCGCUUUGUUACCGAUCACUCGAAGGCUACAUUGCAGAUGAUAAUCUCGUCGGACUGCAGAAUUUCCUUGAGAAUAGGCGAGUGCAGAUCGACGACAGAGACGAGAAUGGCAGCACCGCUCUCAUCUUCGCGGCAACUAAAGGGAAAAUACAAUUCGUACGAGAGCUCAUCAAUCAUGGAGCAGAUGUCAAUGCCGAAGAUGCGGACAACUGGUCGGCACUGCUGUGCGCGGCGAAGGAAGGCCACACCGACGUUUGCGUCGAGUUGCUGGAACACGGCGCCGAUCUGGAGCAUCGAUAUAUGGGCGGCUGGACGGCACUUAUGUGGGCGACGUACAAAGGGAGGUCGGCGACGGUGACGGUGCUGCUGGCGCGCGGGGCUGACGUCAACGCGCAUGGAAAUUUUCACAUUUCCUCGUUAUUAUGGGCCGCUGGCAGGGGUUAUCCUGAUAUAGUCAAAGAUCUCGUCGCUCACGGGGCGAAGGUCAAUGUCGGCGACAAGUAUGGCACCACGGCACUUAUAUGGGCUUCGCGCAAGGGAAACGUGGAUAUUGUUGAUAUUCUUCUCAAGGCUGGCGCCAACGUCGACACAGCAGGCAUGUUUUCGUGGACUCCAUUGCUCGUGGCAACCCUUGGCAAUCACGUGGAGGUAGUGUCCCUACUGUUGGAGCACAGACCCAAUGUGAACGCUCUCGACAAGGAUGGUUGCACCGCUUUGGCAAUUGCCUGUCGAGAAGGUCAUCACGAGAUAGCAAACGCUCUUUUAAACGCCGGCGCUUACGUUAAUAUUCAGGAUCGUGCCGGCGACACGAAUCUGAUUCAUGCCGUGAAGGGUGGUCAUCGCGGUGUGGUGGAAUCUUUACUAAAAAAAUACGCUGAUGUCGACGUUGCUGGAAAGGAUAAAAAAACCGCAACUUACAUAGCAGUAGAGAAAGGCAAUAUACCGGUACUCAAAUUAUUACUAAACGCUAACCCAGACCUGGAGAUUGCCACGAAAGACGGCGACACGCCCUUACUACGAGCGGUGAGGUCACGUAACGCCGAAAUCGUGCAAUUGCUUUUAGACAAGAAAGCCAAGGUCUCGGCUACGGACAAGAAGGGCGACACUGUACUGCACAUUGCGAUGCGCGCGCGAUCGAAAGCGAUCGUCGAGAUACUGCUGCAGAAUCCAAAGAAUAGCCAGUUAUUGUACCGUCCGAACAGACAAGGCGAGACCCCCUACAACAUCGACAUCAAUCAUCCGAAAACAAUUCUCGGACAGAUAUUCGGUGCUCGACGUUUGAACACUAACGAGGACAAUGAGAAUAUGCUUGGUUACGAUUUGUACAGCAGCGCGUUGGCAGAUAUUCUUAGCGAACCGUCGCUCUCCACGCCAAUUACCGUCGGCCUUUAUGCAAAGUGGGGUUCUGGAAAGUCGUUUUUACUCAGCAAACUGAGAGAGGAGAUGAAGAAUUUCACGCGACAGUGGAUCGAUCCAGUAUUCCAAUUUUCUUCCUUGCUCUUUCUAGUAAUAGCGCAUAUAUCGUUAUUGGUGGGUAUAACCCUAGGUCUUGCCUUACAGUCAUGGAUCAUUGGUCUAUCUUGCGGAACAAGUCUGUUGAUUAUCGUUUACAUCUUUUUGCUACUCGUUUGGUAUGCGAACAAGAGAUACGAUUGGUAUUGGCCGUAUAAUUUCACGGUGGCACUCACUGUCAAAUUAAACGCGCUUAAAUUGUUGCUGCAAGUGAUCUUCUGCCAUCCCCCGAGCGGUCAGGGACAGAACAACGUCGGGGUGCAGCCGAUUAAGUUCUACUUCACCGAUCAGACCCGUGUGGGCACGAACGCCGCCGGUGAGAACGCGGUCGUUCAGAUGGUCGCCUCGUUGUAUGAUUCUAUUGAGAACGACUUCGGUUCUCUGUCGACCAGAUUAUAUCGGGCGUUUCGCCCGAAGCCAAAUAAAUCGACCACGAAGUGGAAAUGGAGACGCUUGUGUUGCUUGCCGUACAUAGUUAUAUUCGAGUUCUGCUUCUGCAGCUUGCUCGUCGGUAUCUCGGUGCUCACGGUAUACCUCAUAGACAUUGCAAAGGACGAGCCGACGAUAGAACGAACCACCGCUCACAUAAUCAUGAUAACGAUCGCCUUGGUCUUGGCCAUUAGUAUAAUAGCGAAUUUAUACACGUGGUGCAGAACGUUGCAGGCGUUAGUAUUUUCACAGAGAAAGCACCUUCAGCGCAGUAUAACGAACUUAGAAAUUCUGAAGAGCGAAGGUUUUAUUCAAGCUCUCAGAAGCGAGGUCACUCUAAUGACAGAGAUGGUCAAGUGCAUGGACAAUUUCAUGGCUCAACAAAGUAGACUAGUUAUAAUAGUAGACGGUUUGGACAGUUGCGAGCAGGAUAAGGUGUUAUUGAUUCUAGAUGCCAUACAGGCCUUAUUUAGCGAUAACGGAUAUCCUUUUGUCGUGAUAUUAGCAAUCGAUCCUCAUAUCAUAGCUAAGGCGGUAGAAGUGAAUAGCAGAAGAAUAUUCUCGGAAUCGAAUAUCGGCGGUCACGAUUACUUGCGGAACAUGGUGCAUCUGCCGUUUUAUUUGCAAAACAGUGGCUUGCGUAAAGUCAAAGUCGCGCAACAGACCUCUCAAUACAACAAGAGAACGGCAUGGACGGAGGCCGAGGAUAGCGUCAAUUACACCACAGCCAACACUAUGCAUCACUCGGUGUCUAAUCGGAGACUCAGUUCGGAAUCGGCUAUAAUGAACAGCAACGAGAAACUGAAACCCCAAACGAGGAAGGGCAGCAGAAAGUUACGAUUGAGCGAAUCAAUCGCGAGCAGUAUUGGCAGCAAUUUGAAUCGGUUGGGUGGCGCGCAAGAUCUCAAUAAGAUGCUGCUCACCGACGAUUACUUCAGUGAUGUAAAUCCUCGCAGUAUGAGGAGACUGAUGAACGUAGUUUACGUCACUGGACGAUUACUCAAAGCAUUCCAAGUUGAUUUCAACUGGUAUCACUUAGCUAGUUGGAUCAACAUCACCGAACAAUGGCCUUUCAGAACGUCCUGGCUCAUUCUUCAUUACGACAUGUAUGAGGAAAGCUUGGACGACAACAUGUCAUUAAAAAGUCUUUAUGAUAAAGUACGACCACAGAUUCCGGUGCUAAAGGAAGUGCAACCGCUUCUCGAACUGGAUAGAGACGAACGCAAGCUGGAUGUCUUCCUUACUUUUCAUCGAUCAAGCUUGCUCGUCAGUGACAUGAAGAUAUUCUUGCCCUUUACUAUCAAUUUAGAUCCGUACAUUAAGAAGAAAAUAAAAGAGGAGCAACAGAGUAUAGAGGAAGACGCGGGUCUACUUUUCAAACAGAGCAGCGUCUGGAACGAUCACGCGGUAGCUCCGCAUAGAAAUGUUCUGACAAAUCGGCACGCGAAAUUUGUCAAACAAUCGAGUCUGCAAGGAUCUGUGCCGCCAACAUCGCCACCGUGGGCCUAUCAACCAAGCAUAGAAUGGCAAGCUCCGUCACCUUGGGUACAAAUGCCUCCCAUGGAACCAUUGCCAAAAGCACUUUCUGUGACAAGUUCGUUACCGUCCGAAAUUUUGGAAAUAAAACUCUCAUCUUUAUCAGUAACGGGCGUCUGCGAUCUGAUUGACAAAAUCGAAAAUCUUAAUCCGACUCAGACACCGACGUACAAACAAGUCAUCAAAGACAACAACAUUAACGGUCGAGUUUUGCUGCAUUGCGAUUUGCAAGAACUGAAAAAAGUUCUUAAAAUGACUUUCGGGGAUUGGGAAUUGUUCCGUAUAAUAAUUGUAUCGCUCAGGGAAUUGGAACUCUCGUCCGUUACAUAUGAGGAGGGUUCUCGAAGCGUUCGAUUUACUGUGGGAUCCGAGCAACCCGCGCGAAAAGAUCACGCUUCGCAAAAUAAUUCGAUGCGUAUCCCAGCUCAUGUGGAAAAAGAAAAAGGAACAUCAAGAACAGACGGUUCUUCCCGUCGUGAUCAGAACAAGCAAUCUAUUAUGGAAAAACAGUUUCAGGUGACAUUAGAGGAGCAAAUGAUUUGCGGAGCAUUGCAAACUUUGAAUGAGGAAGCUUGCGAGGAUGUAUUAGACGUGCCAUCGCCAGUGGUGGCACCGACGACAGACUCGCUUUCUACAGGACGCACUCAAGACACAGAGUACGUGCUGCUCCAGGCCAACCCAUUGUUCCACUGGGUGCCGAUUAACGAUGAGCCCGAAAGUUCGGACGACAGUUCACACGACUCCACUGUGUUCCUGCACCGCACCAAUUCUCAGCGCAGCAUCACGUCUCAACAUAGCACGAGAUCCGCCUGCUCACAGAAGCCUUUGAAGAGAACUGGCAGUAACAUCAGUACACGGCCUUCUUCAUUGUUUGUUUCGCCACCGCCAUCGCCGAAACCCGCGUUCAGGUCGAAAUCCACCGACGAAAGAUACAUGGGAAACAGCACACCGCUGAAGACCGUGUCGUCGUCGACGGCCAUUAAGAAGAGACGUUCGAUCUCAACACUGACCGACGAAACGAUCGUGCCCACUUCCAGUCUCGAGAAACUGUCGAAGUUGAAGGAGCGUCUGAUCGGCAACGUGCCGAUGGGAUCUCCAGCUGGUGGUGAGAGUGACGAGUCCACCCCGCUGGUAUCGGAGCUGUCCACACCGACGCAUUCUCAGUCAGACAGCGUGUUCAGACAUGACUGUAGCGCGGAGAACAGUUCGCCGUCAUCCAACAGAAGUUUACCGCGGGAUGGAGAACGAUGCAUAAACGUAGAUUAUUCUGACACGGUGAGUCUGAUGAUACGAGAGUCCUCGAGCAUUCAGUCACCAUCCCGGCAGGACAUCAAAGAGUGGAACAAUUCGGAAACACCUGUUUAAUAUCUGCCGUCUUACUUAACCGCGCAAUAUAAUUGAUGACACAAUACGAGACUGAUAAGUCUGACGAUGAACUGGCAGCUAAGAAGGCCUACAUAACACGCACACACAUAUUUUAUGUGUCAAGAUAAGAUAUCACGGUUUCCUUCGUGUAAAUAGAAACAAGCGUGUAUGUCUUUUUUAAAAAUGUAAAAAACGUGUUCAUUUACUUAAUAGAUUGUGACACAUACAAAUGCCUUUUCGCAAGUACGAUAAUAACAAUAAUCAUCAAUUUAGCAUUUCAUGAUGCUGAGGUGACAUUCCGUGUAAAUAUAAAAAAAAAAAAAAUGCAUUUACAAAUACGUUUUUGUUUUGUUUCGUCUCAUUAGACUUAUUUUUCACUAUUAGACUAGAGUGCUUAAAUUAGGGAAAACUGAGUAAGCCUCUUCCUGACGUAGUCUCUAUUCGCUAAAUCUAAUAGUAGAUGUACACAUACAUAUGUACAUACAGAUCGUACUGUCAGUUCAAACAAGUGACUUAAACAAAUGCUGAAGAGUUACUUAUUAUUGUAAAUUAAACGAAAAUAUAUACACACGCUAAAGAGUAUUUUAUAAAAAAAAAGAUUACUCGAGAAA